AGCCUGCGGAUGUUGGAUUAUUCUCAACAUUUCUUCCUUCAGAGGAGCUGUACUGAAGACUGAGGAACUGGGACUUAUUUAGGCAUAAAGAGGAUCACACCCUUUUGGCUUCAGGUGAAUUAAUUCUCGGGCGUUGCUACCUUAUCAUUUCUAUAACACUCAGCUUGUGAAAGAUGUUUCUUUAAAUUCCACGUUUCCUUUCGCAGCGGUGAGGUAGGGCGAUAAUACGCCCAGGUAUUUUACACAAAGGAAACUUGAGGCCAAGAGUGAAAGUCACUUUCUCAGUGCUGUACAGAGAAUUCACAGAAGAGGUGGGGUUUGAACCUGACCCUCUUAAGAUCGAACUCUCCACUAGCUAUUUCAAGCUCCUGGCUUGGAAUUUAGAAGCACAAAUGUGGACUCAGAUCAUCACUGAUCGUGGCGAUAAUUGAAAUAGCAGAGAGAAAAGAGCAGGCUUGCCAGCACACUUCAGCAACUUUCCAGUUGCUAUGGAAGGAGAGCAGGAGCUCAAAAAUGGGACCCUUCAGCAGGAUGCUGCAGAGACCAUCGUGAUGAUCCCAGCAGACAUCCAGGAGAAGGACAUGCCUGCCAAGCCCCCUUCUUUUCAUAAGCACAGACUACGCAGUCUGGCCAUAUUUAGCAUCAUCUGUGGCUGCUCUUGCAUCGGAGUCCUAGCACUGAUCUAUGCAAUCAAGGUGAGUUACCUGCUGCUUUGACAAGGGAUGUGGGUGGGUGGGACAAGGGAUGCAGUGCAAUAUUUGAACCAGUUUCUAGGGAAAGAAUUCCUGGACGCUUAGGGAGGGGAAGCGGGUUCGAUAUUGAUCAUACUCAGAGCAGAGCCAUUUAAAUUAGUGAACAUGGCAAACUUGGAUCCAUUAAGUUCACUAGGUCCACUGUGAGUACACUUUGGUUAGAGAACACCUUGUGCCUUUACAAAUGUAUUUACUGAUCAGACGAAAAUCCCUUGGGAUCUUAACAGCUUCUGCCAUUCUCUUGCCUUCCUUUCCAGAUAAAUAACUAUAGUUGUGCCUCCUGUGUCCUUGCAAGUGUGCUUUUUAAACAAAAACAAAAUGGGCAGCUGGACCCACAAAUGGGCAGUUACAGGACAAAUGGGCAGCUCAAAAAUUCAAGGCAUGCCAAAGUUAUAUUAUGUUAGGCGAUGUAAAAAGUGACUGAGAACCAGUGAUGUAGUAUAUCCAGGGUUGUCAUGUCAAUGAAACAAAGCGAUAGAUCCACAUAUUAAAUGGGGUGUGUGUGUGAGAGAUGUUUCCUGAGCACAGUAUUGCAGUCGUGGGCAGGAGCCACCUCACUGCCCCACCCAGGCCAAUAUUUACUGCCUUUGAAGCUCCCACACAUUCUUGUCACAUGGUGAAACUGCAGCGAAUGCUCUGUGGAGAUGUGCAAUCUGAAACCAAGGCAUGGCAAUUGUUGCGUUCCAUCUGGCAAUGAGAGUCUGCUCCAGAGAACCCUUGGGAUUCCUCAACAAGGCCAGAGAUGGUGGACGAGAUUCCCUGAGAGGGCUUGCCACCACUACUGAUCUUCUUCCCCUGCAAUGUGCGACCAGAAAGGGAUGUUGGGGGUUGUUCUGGGCCAUGCCAUCCGUCUGACAGCCGAGCCACCCUACCUGGACUGUGAAAAGAGCCCUAGUUCCCCAGCAAGGCAGGCAUUCUGUGGCAUAGGCCAGAUGUUCCUGGGAGGUUGGCCCUUUGGAGUCAAAUCCAGAAGUGCUGGGUCCCUUAAUGAGAGUCACCGCCAUGCCCCUUCACGUCCCUACGCCCCUUCUAAGAUUAUACAACAAGCUUAGAAUUACAUAGCCUUAAUCUGGUUCAAGGCUACUAAGAUCAGAGGUUGCAAAGAAAUUUAGACCUGACACACAUCAUCAAGAUACGCUGAGAAAGGUAAGUCCAGAGGAGGAGACCUAAAAUGUAAGGCUGUAUCUUUAAAAUAAGUGACAUCAAUAAUGAGGUUCUCUCUCUUGGUUUUGUCCCAUCCAGGCUAGUGAGAAGCAAAAGGCUGGUUCCCAGGUAUCAGCGGCUGACUGGGCUCGGAGGUCCCGGAGAUUGUCUGUCCUAAGUAUCAGUGUCUGGGUGUCCCUCAUCAUUCUGGCGCCCGUGUCAGUGUACCUCAUUUCCUACCUCUUAACUCAAGCCGAAUGAUGAUGACCCUGAAGAACAUGUGACUUGGGACUUCCAGGAUCAUCUUCUCCUCUGGUUCCCACAUGCUUGCCCAGCUGGAUUUAGCAGAAAUGGGUAUUAUGUGGGUCUUUGUUAUGUGCACCCUGGUCUGGUGUACUCUUGUCAAAGCCUACUUUGCGGAGGUUCUAGAUGAGAGGCUGUAGAAAUGGAACAGCUUCUGCUGCAGACAUCGGAUCUCCGCGGCCUGCUUCUAUGGACUCACCAGGAUACAAUAUAUAUGGCUACAGUGGAAUACAGGAUGCUGGACUAGAGGGGCCUUUGCUCUGAGCUGGGAGGUGCCUCUUCUUUAAGCUCUAGUGUAUCUGGGAUGUGCCUGAGUUCUUCUUGAGGCAAAGUAUGUGCUCUGUCCCGAUUCAGGUUUUGCUCCUGCGCAUAGAUGCUAGGAUCCACUCCCUUGGAACCGAAGGAUAUUGGAAACACAGGAACAUAGUUUCUGCACUGUGCUGUGUUUCUUGCUUCAAUAUUUUAUUUAUUUAAUUUAUUUUCAAUAAGCAUUUUUAUUCUGCCCAUCACUUAUAUAUGCAAAAAUACAAAUAAACAGUUGCACUACAGUGG